AUGUAUCUAAAAGGUGGAGUAUUUUCUGUUAGCUAUAAAGCUAUUGUCCUAGAUUUGUUGACUAAGAGACUCAGUCCGUCAAUUAUUAGCGGAUUCAUCAUCAAUGAUGCUCAUAAAGUUCAAGAAAACAGCUGUGAGAGUUUUUUAACAAAAAUUCUGAGGAAAGAUAAUCCUGAUGGAGCUUUUAUAAAAUGCAUAUCUGAUAAACCUAAUUCAGUAGCAAAAGGUGGUGGUAUUCAUGGGCUAGAAAAUUUAAUGAAAAAUUUGCAAGUUAGUAAUUUACUGCUUUACCCAAGAAUUAGAAAAAGCAUUAAAGACUCUCUGGAUAAUGCCCAAUAGAUUCAAGUUAUUGAGAAUAACUUGAAAUUUACAAAGAAGAUGGAAGAAAUGCAUUCAAUCUUAAUUGAAUUACUUCAAGCUUGUUUAGACGAGUUGAAAGGGUAAAUAAAAAAAUUAGAUAAUAUAAAUGGCGAUCCAACAGAUAUUCUUGAUACAAAUAAAGCUCUGUUGAGAUCUUUUAUGGGUUAUUUUAGGGAUAGAUUAUUAAAGCUUGCAAAAGAACGAAUUUACUAGGUAUACCUUAAAUUGAGAACUGAUAGUGACUAGGAGGAAUAAGAAGAUAAUGAUGCAGAAAAUGAGUCAAAGAAUUAGAGAAGACCUCAGAAUAAAAAGAAAAAAACUAAUUUCGAGUCAGACUACGGGCGAUUAAUAGAUAGAUUCGGUAUAUGGUGGAAUAAAUUCUAAGAAAAAGCAUAUAAAAAUAUUGAAGAUAUUAGACAGUAUGAAAGAGAUUAUGAUUUGAAGAUAGAGUUUGAGUAAUCACCAAAGAUGCAGAGUUUAGUCAAAAUCUUAGAGGAUGCGGAGAGUUUAUUUAAAAAGUCCCCUGAGUAUCUUCCAUAUUCUCUCUAUUCUAUUAAAAGACUUCAUCUUAAUAGUAAGAAGAAUUCCAAGAAGAAAAAACUUGAGGAUGAUGGAGCUUUUGGAAAAGAGGCUGAUGAAUAAUUAAAAGAAAAAGAAAAUAUGAGGCAGGCUAAUAAUAAAAACAUAGUUAUUGCUGUGAAAUCACUUAAGACUUAGAUGGAUAUUUAAAAGUAUUUGAUUCAAUACUUUGUUAAGUCGGACAAUGGAAACGGAUAUUAUGAGGAAAAGCUAAGGUAUCUAUUGUCAUCUCAUAAGGAAUCCUAUAAAAGAGAUGGAUUGAUGUCAGUACAAAGAAAGUGCAAUCCAGCCCUAAUUGAAACAUUUUUCGUCAAUAAACUAAGUCUCCACCUUGAAUAAAAAUAUGAGUGGUAAUUUCAGAAGUUUAGAAAAUAUACUGAAAGUAAUAAUAACUACAAUAGAGAUAGCAAGAAAAGGUAUAGAAAUGAAAUUAGUGGUGGAGAUAUCAAGGAUUAUAAUAUAGCUUAAAACAUUGAUUACAAAAAUGCUAGUGUUACUCAGGAUGUUAUUUAAGAAAUCGAAGAAUCUCAAUAUAAAAUUUUCAAUAUCAUUAAUGGCUACAAUAUUUAUGUUGAGGUAUUUCCAGGAAACUCUGAAUUUGAAAUGGCAUUAAGAAGAUUAAAGCCUUCCAAAGUUAUUCUAUAUGAGCCUUAUUUAGAUUUUAUGAGAAGUCUGGAAAUUUAUAAUGCAGAGAGAAUUAAAUUUACAAUUCAAGAUGGGGAUAUUAAGUUAGAUAAACUGGAAGUUAAUCUUAUGAUGUUUGAGGAAAGCACUGAACUUUAUCAGUAUAUGAAUAAUGUUGAAGUAGAAAAGAAAGGAUUUUAAAAGCUCAUAGAGAUUAAAUCUGUAAGUAUAAAAUAAUAUUUAUGUAUUUAGAAAUUAUACAUUGAGCUAAAAGAUUUUAAGCUUGAGUAAGAAGCGAAGCAACUUGAGAGAAUAGAUAGAUUAGAUAAUUCAAGAAAAGGGGGAUAUAAAAAUUUAAGUGACGCUACUUAAAGUGAUAUUGAUAAAGAUAUAAUAGCUGUUGAUAGCAGGGAAUUUUCCUGCACCACGCCGAUUUAUUUGCAUGAAAAAGGCUUUUGGUUGAUUCCAUUAGUUUUAACAGUUGGAGAUUAUAUUUUAUCUGAUGAGAUUUGUAUUGAAAGAAAAUCUGUAAAUACUGGCGAUUUAUUUGAAUCAUUUAAAAGUGGUAGACUCUUGAAGUAAAUCACAAAUAUGACAAGAUUUUACAAAAGGCCGAUUUUACUUAUAGAGUUCGAUGACUCUAUUCCUUUUAAAUUGACAGAUGCCUAGUAAAUGGAUUCCACUGCUGGGAGUGAAGUUAAUCCUGCAAACAUCAUUUCAAAGAUAUCUUUGUUAACGCUUCAUUUUCCAAAUCUUCAAAUAUUGUGGAGUAAGGGACCCUAGCAUACAGCAGAUAUAUUUAAGGAACUAAAGAAGUCACAAACAGGACUAUAGAAAGAUCCUGAUCUUUAAAAAAUUUCAAAGAUAGGAAGAGUUGGAGAUUUAAACAGUGAUAAUGAUCUUUUAGAUGAUAAUAAUGAAGAUGAUGAAUUUAACAGAUUUAUGCCAACAGAAUUUUUAAAAAAGCUGCCUGGAAUUGAUUCAAAUAAUAUUGGAAUGCUAACUUAAAAAGUAAAAAAUAUGGUUGAGCUUUGUCAGAUGGAUGAAGAAGAAUUGAAGAAAAUAAUCAAUCCAAGGAAUGCAAAGGAAUUGAAAAUGUUUUUAACUAAGAAAAUUGAAAUUAGUAAGGCGAUGGGUGAUGAUCAUGACGAUUUUUGA